AUGUGUCGACAUGUGUUCUCACUACUUUUUCACAUCAAGGAAACAACUGAUGAAAAACUGGACAGUAUUUUCCAGGAGAUCCAAAAGAUUAAACAAUGCAUAACAAGAGAGUUUCUGGACAACAAAACAACAGGACAACUCAAAAGCAUUUCCAAAGACUUGGGACAAAUCGAAACGCACACCAGUUCCCAAGGGAAUGUUUAUGACUGUACCGAAAAUCGUUCAUCGAUACCCACAGUGGAUGUAUUGGAAUGUGGAUCUACUGGGACAUCUUUAGUCUCUAAUGAUAAAUGUGGAAUGGAGUUCAAAAGAAAAAGAGCAGUCGAUAACAGAAACGAGGACAAGAAACGUUCAAAAUCACAGGAAUGUACCCAAAUGGAAAAAUCAAACACGCUAGCGUCCGAUCAGUUAGAAACAAAAGAUAAAGAAAACCACCAAUCUGAGAGUACGGUAGAAGGACUCCAUUUUACUCAAAUGGCUACUGGAUCAGGUCUUCAUUCUUCCUGUCUAGGUGGAAAGACUGAGUCAGAAUAUCCUGAUUUGAAUUUAACCGUGGACGAAAAUGGAUGGAGGGCUGUACAUUUUGCUGCACAAAAAGAAAAUAUUCACUUUUUAAAGGUUCUGGCAGAAGAAAGUAUCCCUGUAACUGAGACCACAAAGGACAAUGCAACAAUACUGCAUAUUGCAUGCGAAAAUGCUCAAUACGAGAUGUGUCAACAUAUACUCUCACAGUAUCCUGAUAUGCUCAAAGUCGUAGAAACAAAAGGAUGGAAUGCAGCACAUUUUGCAUCACAAGGAGGCGAUGUUUGCAUUUUACAGCUUUUGGAAGAAGAAGGUCUUUCUGUAACUGAAACUACAAAGGACAAUUUGACAAUACUGCAUAUUGCAUGUUUAUAUACUCAAAUCGAGAUGUGUCAAUAUAUACUAUCACAGUAUCCUUAUUUGCUUAAAGCUCUGGAUACAAAAGGUCGGAAUGCAGCACAUUUUGCAGCACAAGGAGGCGAUGUUCGCAUUUUACAGCUUUUGGCAGAAGCAGGUCUUCCUGCAACUGAAACCACAAAGGACAAUUUGACGAUACUGCAAACUGCAUGCGGCAAUGCUCAAUACGAGAUGUGUCAACAUAUUCUUUUACGGUAUCCUGAUAUGCUCAAAGUCGUAGCAACAAAAGGAUGGAAUGCAGCACAUUUUGCAGCCCAAGGAGGCGAUAUUCGCAUUUUACAGCUUUUGGCAGAAGCGGGUCUUCCUGCAACUGAAACCACAAAGGACAAUUUGACAAUACUGCAAAUUGCAUGCGGCAAUGCUCAAUACGAGAUGUGUCAACAUAUACUCUUACAGUAUCCUGAUAUGCUCAAAGUCGUAGAACCAAAAGGAGGGAGUGUGGCAUAUUUUGCAGCACAAGGAGGCGAUGUUCGCAUUUUACAGCUUUUGGCAGAAGCAGGUCUUUCUGUAUUUGAAACCAGAAAGGACAAUUGGACAAUACUGCAUAGUGCUUGUUUAAAUGCACAAUACAAAAUGUGUCAAUAUAUACUCUCACAGUAUCCUUAUAUGCUAGAAGUUGUUGACACAGAUGGAUGGAAUGCAGCACAUUAUGCAGCAAAAGGAGGCGAUGUUCGCAUUUUACAGAUCUUGGUAGAAGAAGGUCUUUCUUUAAAUGAAACCACAAAGGACAAUUUGACAAUGCUGCAUAUUGCGUGUUUAACUACUCAGCACAAGAUGUGUCAAUAUAUACUCUCAAAGUACCCUAAUAUGCUAAAAGCUGUGGAUAUAAAUGGAUUCAAUGCAGCACAUCAUGCAGCACAAGGAGGCGAUGUUCGAAUUUUACAGCUUUUGGCAGAAGCAGGUCUUACUGUAACUGAAACCACAAAGGACAAUAGGACAAUUCUGCAUAUUGCAUGUUUAAAUGCGCAAUACAAGAUUUGUCAGUAUAUACUCUCUCAAUAUCCUAAUAUGCUAAAAGCUGUCGAUACAUAUGGAUGGAAUGCAGCACAUUUUGCAGCAGAAGGGGGCGAUGCUAAUAUUUUACAGCUUUUGUUAGAAGAAGGUCUUCCUGCAACUGAAACCACAAGGGACAAUUUGACAAUACUGCAUAUUGCAUGCAGAAAUGCUCAAUACGAGAUAUGUCAACUUAUACUCUCACAGUAUCCUAAUAUGCUAAAUGAUGUGGAUACAACAGGAAAAAAGGCUACACAUUAUGCUUCACAAGGAGGAGAUGUUCGAAUUUUACAACUUCUAACCAAAAAACAAGUACAUCUCAUUGCAUCUAAUGACAAAUAA